AAACAUUAGCGGUGUAGCGCCUCCUAUAAACACACUGAGAAAGAAAGGACAACACAAAAAUCGGCGAACUGAAAAUGGCAGCGACCGAGGCAGUUGUUUUGAGGCGGAAUAGACCAGGAACGAAAGUAGAGGAGUUUUAUGGCUGGUGUGACCAAUCAUUCGAGGAAAUGGACAGCACGUUAGCUGUACAACAGUAUAUACAGCAGAAUAUAAGAAGUGAUAUUGGGAACAUAGACAAGAUCUUAGAAGCACCUGAUGGCCAAGAUGAAGGCGUUUGGAAAUAUGAACAUUUACGGCAAUUCUGUCUCGAGUUGAAUGGUUUAGCAGUUAAAUUACAAAGUGAGUGCAAUCCAGACAGCUGUACACAGAUGACAGCAACUGAGCAGUGGAUAUUUCUGUGUGCUGCCCACAAAACACCAAAAGAGUGUCCUGCUAUAGACUACACUCGGCACACACUGGAUGGGGCAGCUUGCCUCUUGAACAGUAACAAGUAUUUCCCGAGCAGAGUAAGCAUCAAAGAAUCCUCGGUUGCAAAGCUUGGCUCUGUAUGUCGAAGGGUGUACAGAAUUUUCUCGCAUGCCUACUUUCACCAUAGAACAUUAUUUGAUGAGUAUGAGAAUGAAACCCACUUGUGUAAGCGAUUUACAACAUUUGUGAUGAAAUACAAUUUGAUGACGAAAGACAACCUCAUUGUUCCCAUCUUGGAAGACCAGCAGGCUACAUUAACCGCAGCGCACAGUAGCACAGCAACAGUGUCAGGGGAUGCAAGUCCAGACAGUUAAUUUACCGGUCGUAUGAUGGUUCGCUAACCUAGUGUUUGGCUUCAUCUAGAUUUCUUGUACUAGAUUAUUUAUAAUAAAACUGAUGUUAGGUAUGAACAGAUUGGUCACUGUAAUAAGGAUGUUUUCAUUUUAUUAAUAUAAUCAGGGUUCCAAGCAUCAUUUCAGAGUACAAUUCCAAAAUGUUUCUGUCUUUAGUGUGAUAACUUGCUGUUGCUAUGCACCUUGUAUUGUAAUUACAGCUAACAAUGGCCGUAUUUUACUGGUUUGUCUCAUUGAUGAUAUUUCGUUGAAUAUUAUUUUCAUUUGGCUGGUUUGUAAAAUAGACUUCUUGACAAUGGAAAUUAACGUAAACUAGAGUAUGUUAAUUUUGCAAUAAGUUAUCCAUGUGACCAAAAAAAAAACAUGGCCGAUUGGUCAGUUUAGCGACAAUAUUUGUAUUAAUAUAAUUUAGAUUCCAUUUCAGAAAAUAAUAAUUAUAAUAUUUACCCACAUGAAGACAAAAAAAUAAUUGUAGAUGAACAGAAUCCAAAAACUGCAUAAAAAACUUUUUUUACAAAAAACCCAUGCUGCCACAAGCUGAAGCAACCUUGAUUACGCUAGCUUGUAUCGUCAUGGUAACUACGCAGCCAUUUUGUUGAAUAUUUACCAGUUUUGUAUCACUGCGCAGGUAAUCGUGGCUUAAUGGAGAAUGAACAGUCGUUUACAGCCAUUGUUUUGUAGCUUGUUAAUUUAAAACAUAUCUGCUAAAUACAAAUUAUGUUUUGUUGGGGCAAACACACACUGUGUGUGAAAAUAGGAAAGGAAUAAAGCAAGCAAGCAAGCAACCAACCAACCAAAAUGUAUGUAGUGGCAGUCUGGUUUUGUAUACAGUAAUAGCUUUGUUUGUUUGUAAUCUGUUAUAUGCCCAUAUAUAGGCACAUCAUGACUAUGAGGAUGAUGAUGUCAUUAUGGCCAUAUUUAUGUAUGUCAAAUGUUUUUGUAGAGGGCUUAAUACAGCAGUUGGAUGUAAUCAUAGGCUAUUGUGAUGCUUGACAUUAUUGCAAUGUGUAAUGUUUAUUAAUAUAUAUUUGUCUUUUAAGGUGCGAGUAGAGUACUGUAUAUACAUAAUUCAAUUAAAGUAUAUAAAAUUUCAGAAGUGGAAGGCAUUUUGCAAAAUAUAUCAAAUAGAAUUUUAGAUGAGGCAAUUAAAAAUAUUAAGGCAAACCAGUAAAAAUGUAUUAAAUACAAUCUGCAUUGUAUGACUGGCUGGGGGAAGAGUUUUGUCAGCUUGUAAUUGUCUAUAAUUUUAAAAACAAAAUUAUAUUGUAUUGCAGAUUAAUCAAAAUUUCCUUUUUAAAAAUAAUUGAAACCUUUGUACACAGAGCAAAUAAAAUGAGAUGAUGAUUUGA